CUCAGUAACCAAGGCCUGACAGUAAGGUGGCUACUUGGAUUGAGUCAGCAAACUCAGAAGUUCACUGGUAAGAAAGAGUAAACCCAAGAGCUAGGUUCUACCUACCCGAGGCUGCUACUGUGCGGAGACUGGGUGUGAAGCCGCCCGUCGCCAUGUCUGUUCAAGAGGCAAAACCUUCAACUGAGGACUUGGGGGAUAAGAAGGAAGGAGAAUAUAUUAAACUCAAAGUAAUUGGGCAGGAUAGCAGUGAGAUUAAAGUGAGAAUGACUAUGCAGCUCAAGAAGCUCAAAGAAUCAUACUGUCAAAGACAGGGAGUUCCGAUGAAUUCACUCACGUUUCUCUUUGAAGGUCAGAGAAUUGCUGAUAAUCACACUCCAAAAGAACUAGGAAUUGAGGAAGAAGAUGUGAUUGAAGUUUAUCAGGAACAAAUGGGGGGGCAUUCAGUGGCUUAGAUAUUUUUAUUAUCUUUUCUUCUCCCUCAAUCCUUUUUUAUUUUUGAAAAUAGUUCUUUUGUAAUGUGGUGUUCAAAAUAAUUGAGAACUGGCAACCCUCCUCUUUAAAACACCUGAUAAUUUGAAUUCUAAGCCCAUUUGUUUUCAUUGUGCUGACUUUUGGUGAUCAAACCUCAGUCCCUUUAUAUUGCCCUCUUCUU